AUGAAUUCAAUCAGGCAGAUUUGGACUGCAGUCCUUCUAGGACUCGUCCUGACUCCAGCCCUUGCUGAUUAUUCUCAGCAGGCGGGCAAUAACUGCCAGGUCUCUGUUGGUGGUGUUUUCCAAAAUCUGACUCUCAGCAGUCUGACACGUGUGGUGGUUAUUGAACAAAGGAGCAACCAGUUCUCAUGGAAAACCGUCUGGAACUACAACACGGGUAUCAUUGCAACCAAAUUGGUGCAACAGAACACCUGCUACAUUUCUGUCAUGAACAGAAAUGAGAUGCCCAGCUUUGAGAAUCUGGCCCACAUGGCUUCACAGAAUGGGAACCAGAUGGGUCUUGGAAGACCUAGCAAGAAGAUCACCUUUGUCACCAAUGGACUGGUAACAAACCUCAGCUCCUAUGGAAUAGAAAUCUCAGCUAUGUGCAGUGGACUCACCACAUACAUGGCUACUGAAGUUCACAGAUCCCAGGUCAAUCUGGGAUCAUGCAUUACCCUGGAUGUUCUGAGAAUUGUGGAGCUGGAUUACUGCGGUGGCAAUGGCAACUGGAAUGGCAAUAUCCCGGUCAUCAUUGGUGGCAACUCCCAAAUUGUGACCAUCAACAGGCAAUGGCGUGUGGCAAUCAUUGAGCAAAGGAGCUUCACUGGGUCCUGGAAAACCGUCUGGAACUACAACACGGGCAUCAUUGCAACCAAAGUCACUCAGCAGAAUGCCUGCUACAUUUCCAUCAUGAACAGAAAUGAGAUGCCCAGCUUCAAUAAUCUGGUGCACCUGGCAGAAGAGAGCAAGAACCAGUUUGGUCUUGGAAGACCUACCAAGAAGAUCACCUUUGUCACCAAUGGAUUGGUCAGCAACCUCAGGUCCUAUGGAUCAGAUGUCUUCUCUAUGUGCACUGGACUCACCACCUACAUGACUUAUGAAGUUCAUGGAGUCCAAGUCAAUCUGGGAUCAUAUUUUACCCUGGAUGUCCUUGGAGUCGUGGAUCUGAAAUACUGCACAGGCAAUGGCAAUGGACAGGGCAGCCAAACACAUGUCGUCAUCAUUGGUGGCCAGUCCCAAAUUGUGACCAUCAACAGGCAAUGGCGUGUGGCAAUCAUUGAACAAACGAGCUUCAGUGGGUCCUGGAAAACCAUCUGGAACUACAACACGGGCGUCAUUGCAACCAAAGUCACUCAGCAGAACGCCUGCUACAUUUCCAUCAUGAACAGAAAUGAGAUGCCCAGCUUCAAUAAUCUGGCCCGCCUGGCAGAAGAGAGCAAGAACCAGUUUGGUCUUGGAAGACCUACCAAGAAGAUCACCUUUGUCACCAAUGGAUUGGUCAGCAACCUCAGGUCUUAUGGAUCCGAUGUCUUCUCUAUGUGCAGUGGACUCACCACCUAUAUGACUUAUGAAGUUCAUGGAGUCCAAGUCAAUCUGGGAUCCUGCAUUACCCUGGAUGUCCUUGGAGUCGUGGAUCUGAAAUACUGCACAGGCAAUGGCAAUGGACAGGGCAGCCAAACACAUGUCGUCAUCAUUGGUGGCCAGACCCAAAUUGUGACCAUCAACAGGCAAUGGCGUGUGGCAAUCAUUGAACAAACGAGUUUCAGUGGGUCCUGGAAAACCAUCUGGAACUACAACACAGGCGUCAUUGCAACUAAAGUCACUCAGCAGAAUGCCUGCUACAUUUCCAUCAUGAACAGAAAUGAGAUGCCCAGCUUCAAUAAUCUGGCCCGCCUGGCAGAAGAGAGCAAGAACCAGUUUGGUCUUGGAAGACCUACCAAGAAGAUCACCUUUGUCACCAAUGGAUUGGUCAGCAACCUCAGGUCCUAUGGAUCAGAUGUCUUCUCUAUGUGCAGUGGACUCACCACCUACAUGACUUACGAAGUUCACGGAGUCCAAGUCAGUCUGGGAUCCUGCAUUACCCUGGAUGUCCUUGGAGUCGUGGAUCUGAAAUACUGCACAGGCAAUGGCAAUGGACAGGGCAGCCAAACACAUGUUGUCAUCAUUGGUGGCCAGACCCAAAUUGUGACCAUCAACAGGCAAUGGCGUGUGGCAAUCAUUGAACAAACGAGCAUCAGUGGGUCCUGGAAAACCAUCUGGAACUACAACACGGGCGUCAUUGCAACUAAAGUCACUCAACAGAACGCCUGCUACAUUUCCAUCAUGAACAGAAAUGAGAUGCCCAGCUUCAAUAAUCUGGUGCACCUGGCAGAAGAGAGCAAGAACCAGUUUGGUCAUGGAAGACCUACUAAGAAGAUCACCUUUGUCACCAAUGGAUUGGUCAGCAACCUCAGGUCCUAUGGAUCAGAUGUCUUCUCUAUGUGCAGUGGACUCACCACCUACAUGACUUAUGAAGUUCACGGAGUCCAAGUCAAUCUGGGAUCAUGCAUUACCCUGGAUGUCCUUGGAGUCGUGGAUCUGAAAUACUGCACAGGCAAUGGCAAUGGACAGGGCAGCCAAACACAUGUUGUCAUCAUUGGUGGCCAGACCCAAAUUGUGACCAUCAACAGGCAAUGGCGUGUGGCAAUCAUUGAACAAACGAGCUUCAGUGGGUCCUGGAAAACCAUCUGGAACUACAACACGGGCGUCGUUGCAACCAAAGUCACUCAGCAGAACGCCUGCUACAUUUCCAUCAUGAACAGAAAUGAGAUGCCCAGCUUCAAUAAUCUGGUGCACCUGGCAGAAGAGAGCAAGAACCAGUUUGGUCAUGGAAGACCUACUAAGAAGAUCACCUUUGUCACCAAUGGAUUGGUCAGCAACCUCAGGUCCUAUGGAUCAGAUGUCUUCUCUAUGUGCACUGGACUCACCACCUACAUGACUUAUGAAGUUCACGGACACCAAGUCAAUCUGGGAGCAUGCAUUACCCUCAAUGUCCUGAGAGUCGUGGAUCUGAAAUACUGCACUGGAAAUGGCAAUGAUCAGCAGAUUCCCGGUGGCGAGGGCAACUCACACCUCGUCAUCUUUGGUGGCCAGUCCCAGAUUGUGACCAUCAACAGGCAAUGGCGUGUGGCCAUCAUUGAGAAAAAGGCUGGCAUUGGGUCCUGGAAAACCAUCUGGAACUACAACACGGGCAUCAUUGUAACCAAAGUCACUCAGCAGAACGCCUGCUACAUUUCCACCAUGAACAGAAAUGAGAUGCCCCUCUUUGAUAACCUGGCUCACCUGGCACAAGAGAGCAAGAACCAGUUUGGUCUUGGAAGACCUACCAAGAAGAUCACCUUUGUCACCAAUGGAUUGGUCAGCAACCUCAGGUCCUAUGGAUCAGAUGUCUUCUCUAUGUGCAGUGGACUCACCACCUACAUGACUUAUGAAGUUCACGGAGUCCAAGUCAAUCUGGGAUCCUGCAUUACCCUUGAUGUCCUGAGAGUCGUGGAUCUGAAAUACUGCACAGGAAAUGGCAAUGAUCAGUCUCAGCAGAUUCCUGGUGGCAUCUUCAAUAACACCCAAGGCAACAUCUUCAACAACACUCAAGUCAUCAUUGGUGGCAACUCCCAAAUUGUGACCAUCAACAGGCAGUGGCGUGUGGCAAUCAUUGAGCAAAGGAGCUUCAGCGGGUCCUGGAAAACCAUCUGGAACUACAACACGGGCAUCAUUGUAACCAAAGUCACUCAGCAGAACGCCUGCUACAUUUCCACCAUGAACAGAAAUGAGAUGCCUCGCUUUGACAACCUGGCUCACCUGGCAGAAUUGAGCAAGAACCAGUUUGGUCUUGGAAGACCUACCAAGAAGAUCACCUUUGUCACCAAUGGAUUGGUCAGCAACCUCAGGUCCUAUGGAUCAGAUGUCUUCUCUAUGUGCACUGGACUCACCACCUACAUGACUUACGAAGUUCAUGGAGUCCAAGUCAAUCUGGGAUCCUGCAUUACCCUCGAUGUCCUGAGAAUCGUGGAUCUGAAAUACUGCACUGGCAAUGGCAAUGAUCAGGGCAGCCAAACACAUGUCGUUAUCAUUGGUGGCCAGUCCCAAAUUGUGACCAUCAACAGGCAAUGGCGUGUGGCAAUCAUUGAACAAACGAGCAUCAGUGGGUCCUGGAAAACCAUCUGGAACUACAACACGGGUGUCAUUGUAACCAAAGUCACUCAGCAGAACGCCUGCUACAUUUCCACCAUGAACAGAAAUGAGAUGCCUCGCUUUGAUAACCUGGCUCACCUGGCAGAAGAGAGCAAGAAUCAUAUUGGUUUCGGAAGACCUACCAAGAAGAUCACCUUUGUUGCCAGUGCAUUGGUGAACAACCUGAGGUCUUAUGGAUCAGAUGUCUUCUCUAUGUGCAGUGGACUCACCACCUACAUGGCAUAUGAAGUUCAUGGACCCCAGGUGAAUCUGGGAUCAUGCAUUACCCUGGAUGUUUUGCAAGUUGUGGACCUGCAGUACUGCAGUGGUAAUUUCCAUGGCAAUGGACAGUCUCAGCAGAUUCCAGGUCACAACUGCCAUUUCUCUGGUUCCUGUGUUUUCCAAAACAUGACCCUCAGCAGUCAAACCCAUGAGGUGAUUUUCCAGCAAAGGAGCGAGCAGUUCUCCUGGAAAACCAUCUGGAACUACAACACGGGCAUCAUUGCAACCAAACUGGUGCAAGAGAGAACGUGCUACAUUUCCACCAUGAACAGGAGUGAGAUGCCCACCUUUGAUGCUCUCGUCAGGUUUGCUGCAGACAACAAGAACCAGGUUGGCCUGGGAAGACCUACCAGGAAGAUCACCUUUGUCACCAAUGGAUUGGUCAGCAACCUCAACUCCUAUGGAGCAGAUGUCUUUGCUAUGUGCAGUGGACUCACCACCUACAUGGCUUAUGAAGUUCACGGACCUCAACUGAACCAGGGAUCAUGUAUCUCUCUUGAUGUCCUCAAACUUGUGGAUCUGAAUUAUUGUGGUGGAAAUAUCAAGGCCUGA